AUGGUAACAAUACUGAACCUUGCAGCCAAAGAUGUAAACAAGGAAAGAGUCUCCCAGCCAGCAGACUUCAUCCCAAGAGAAGGGUACCAAGUAGACUUUGGAGAGCCUCAAGAAAUGGUAGAUACUCAGGAGGACAGCCAGCAGUAUUUGUCCAUGGAAGGACUGUCACCCUUCAUCUCCUUAAGGCAAGAUGAACUUUUGGUAGCUAUAGAGUCACCAACAACUAAGAGAAAACACAACAAAACUAGGAAAGCAUACAGGAUGAUCAGGCAGCAGAGAAGGCAAGAAGAGGGCAAGCAGGGGCAAGAUUCAGACCUCCUGUUUCAGUCCCUUCUUCAAAAGGAGGAAGGAAUUCCGACCUUCACUGAUGCUGGGGAACUGGCUGUAGCUGGCCUUGAGAUGUAUGGAUUUAAUGAAGCACUCAGCAAACAGAUCCCUCUACGCAGGGAGCUACCUGAGGUACGGCAUCCUUUGUGCCUACAACAAGAAUAUAGUCCCAAAUUGCCAACAGCGAGUGUAAUAAUCUGCUUUCAUGAUGAACCCUGGUCUACCCUACUGAGAACAGUUCACAGUAUCUUGGAUACAGCCCCAAAAGACUUACUGAGAGAAAUCAUUCUUGUUGAUGACCUCAGUGAACAAGAAUAUCUGAAGUCAUCACUGAGUGAAUACAUCUCUAAGCUGGCAGAUGUGAAAUUGAUCAGGAGCAACAAAAGACUGGGGGUCACCCGAGGUCGUAUGCUUGGUGCUGCACGAGCUACAGGGGAUGUUGUAGUCUUCAUGGACUCCCAUUGUGAGUGUCACAGGGGCUGGCUAGAACCUCUACUGGACAGACUAGCAAGUGACAGAAGACGGAUUGUCUCUCCUGUCAUAGAUAUCAUUGACUGGAAGACCUUACAGUAUUAUCACACUAGAGAUCUGCAAAUAGGUGUCUUUGACUGGAAAUUUGAAUUCCAUUGGAAGCCACUGCCAGAACAUGAAAAGAAGGUACGAGAGUCUCCCAUCAGCCCCAUCAGGAGUCCUGCAGUGCCUGGAGAAACAGUAGCAGUGCACCGACAACAUUUCCAGAAUAUAGGGGGUUACGAUUCUGACAUGACCCUCAGGGGGGCUGAAAAUCUUGAAUUAUCAAUAAAGGCUUGGCUAUGUGGGGGAUCUGUUGAAAUUCUUCCAUGUUCACGGGUUGGGCAUGUCUAUCAUGCGGGCAUGCCAGAUAACUUUCUAAAUGAAGAAGCAGUUGAGAGAAAUAAAAUACGAAUAGCAGAGACCUGGUUGGAUUCAUUUAAAUAUCUGUUUUACAAGCACAACAAGAAGGCAUCUUUAAUUACCAAGUUAAAACCCAGAGAACUUACAGAAAAACUAAGCUACACUGAGCAUGUGCAGCAGCAAACGGGACUGGGAUGCAAACACUUCCAGUGGUUUAUUGCAAAUGUGUACCCUGAAUUGCACCCAGUACAGCACAAACCAAGCUCUUCAGGCAAGCUGUACAAUAUUGGGGUUGGACUCUGUGCAGAAUACAGGUCUGAAAGACAAACUGCAGGAGGCCUUAUUGAUUUAUCACCUUGCAGUGAUAGUAUCAAUCAGAAUGGAAUGAUUGCCCACAUUCUUUCUGAUAAGUGCAUUGAGGCCACGGAGACAGAUCUACAUCUACAGCCCUGUAACAAGGAAGCCAACCUGAUGUACGAAUUUGAUAAUUCAGACCACCAAAGUGAAAGAUGA